UUCCUGCGUCUAGCAUUCCAGUAUGAGCCCGAUAUUGAAUAUUAUGCUCAUUCAAAAGUGGUAAUUGGUGCUAUGGACAAGGAAUGUCCGCAUUGUCAUGCUCUGAAAUUCAAAAAUGAGCCAGCUGGGAUGUGUUGCGCGUCAGGAAAAGUGCAACUACCUGAAAUUGAAACACCACCUGAACCAUUGAACGGCUUACUUAUCGGCACGGAUCCAGAUUCUAACGUGUUCGUGAAGUCAAUUCCAAGAUUCAAUUCAUGCUUUCAAAUGACAUCGUUCGGAGCAACAGAAAUAGUUCGAAAUACUAAUGCAAAUGGUCAACAAUUCAAUUCUACAUUCAAAAUCAGAGGCCAAGUUUAUCAUAAAAUGGGCUCACUGCUGCCAAUGCCAAACGAACCACAUAAAUUCUUACAAAUCUACUUUAUGGGCGGCGAGGAUUCCGGAAGCGCACUUGCCAAUCGCGUGAAUGCACGUUGUGAUUAUAAUAACCUUGAUUCACUUUAUGCCAGGCGCAUCGUCAGCGAGCUAGAUGCUCUUUUGAACGAGCACAACGAGUUGUUGAAAAUAUUCAAAUCACAUAUGCACCAAUUACAAAGCGAUAAUCACGCUAUCGUCAUUAAUCCUGAUAAAACACCAGCUGGAGAGCAUAUUCGUAGAUUCAAUGCACCCGUUGUUGAUGAUGUUGCUGGAAUCAUGGUUGGCGAUUGUACAGCUGCACGAGAAAUUGUGAUUCGUAGAAGAAAUAAUAAUCUUCAGUUCAUUGCUGACACACAUCGUUCAUAUGACGCUCUCCAAUAUCCGCUAAUAUUCUGGAAGGGACAAGACGGAUAUUGCAUAAACAUAAAACAACGAGAUCCCGUAUCAGGAGCUGAAACAAACAAGAACGUUAUCUCAAAGGAUUAUUAUGCGUACCGAUUAAUGAUUUAA